CCAUUAAAAAGCAGCAUAAAGCUCGGUGCUGAAAUCUGUGACUGUAGCUCAUCAGCCCGCUUACAUAACCUCCUCUCUCGACCAAAAAUGGCUUUGUAAAUCGGCGGAACAAAGCAGCGGAAGAAGCCUCUCCCCCUCCCUCUCUCUUUUGGAUGCAAUAAGUAACGCCCCUCAUUGGCGUUGCAAAGUUUGCAGCAUAUCGACUCGCACAACAGAGAGGGAGAGACAGAGACGCAGGGAGCGUCGGGACAUGGAUUGCAGUCUGUAAGAGAAAGAAAUCAGAAAACCUUUUGUGCAGCUAAUGAAGAAGAAGCCCAGCCAGCCAACAAAAGAUGGCAGGAAGAAAGAGUGACUGUAACGUCCCUACAAAGUCUCUGCAAUUCUCCCGAGUUUCUGGCACCAUCACAACCACCAUCGGCUUCUUCUUCUUUUUUGCCAUUGUCACCUCCUCUUUUUCCUCCUCUGUUCUUGCAAGAAAUGAAGGUUACGAUUAUCAGGACGCUCUCACGAAAAGCCUGCUCUACCUGGAGGCUCAGAGAUCAGGCCGCCUCCCGUACAACCAACGGGUCACAUGGCGGCACCACUCCGGCCUCACCGAUGGGCUGGAGCAAGGGGUGGAUCUUGUAGGGGGUUACUACGACGCCGGCGAUCAUGUCAAAUUCGGCCUGCCGAUGGCUUUCACGGUUACAAUGCUGUCCUGGAGCGUGAUCGAAUACGGUGACCUGCUGGAGGAGAUGGGUGAGCUCACGCAUGCGCUCGAAGCGAUUAAGUGGGGAACAGAUUAUUUCAUCAAAGCGCACACAGACCCCAAUGUCUUCUGGGGAGAGGUGGGAGACGGCAAUACCGACCACUAUUGUUGGCAGCGGCCGGAGGACAUGACUACCUCGAGGCAUGCCUAUAAAGUUGAUGCAGAACAUCCAGGAUCGGAUCUCGCCGGCGAAACGGCAGCGGCCAUGGCUGCUGCAUCUAUGGUGUUCAAGAAAUUUAACCCGCAUUAUUCACACCUCCUGCUGCAUCAUGCCCAAGAGUUAUUCACAUUUGCAGACAAGUAUAGAGGGAAGUAUCAUGAAAGCAUAGAGAUUGUUGAGAAUUAUUAUGCCUCUGUCAGCGGCUACAAGGACGAGCUGCUGUGGGCAGCCUUGUGGCUGCACCGGGCGACCGGCGACGGCGAAUACGUAGCCUACAUUGUGAACAAUGCCGAUUCCUUCGGCGGCACCGGCUGGGCGAUCACCGAGUUCAGUUGGGAUGUCAAGUAUGCCGGAGUUCAGAUCCUCGCUGCAAAGGUGCUCAUGGAAGGAAAACACAGACAGUAUGACAACACAUUAAAGCUAUACCAGUCUAAAGCCGAGCACUACUUGUGCUCUUGCCUACAAAGGAAUAACGAGAGCAAUGUUCAGCUCACUCCGGGAGGCCUUCUUUUCAUUAGGCCAUGGAACAACAUGCAAUAUGUGUCUACCGCAGCAUUUCUCCUCACUAUAUACUCUGACUACCUAAAGCAGUUCAAUGGGACCCUGCACUGCGGGAACCAGGCCGUGGAUGCGGCCGAGCUCCUGAACUUUGCCAAGGGUCAAGUGGAAUAUAUACUGGGCUCGAACCCAAUGGGGAUGAGUUACUUUGUAGGAUUUGGUACAAAGUAUCCCAAGUAUGUUCACCACAGAGGUGCAUCAGUUGUAUCAUACAGGGAGAACCCUGGGUUCAUUGGAUGCACCCAAGGGUAUGACAAUUGGUACAGUCGCCGGGAACCAAACCCUAAUAUCAUAGUGGGUGCGCUCGUCGGCGGACCAGACUCGACGGACUCAUUCAACGAUGACCGGGGGAACUACAUGCAGACAGAGGCUUGCACCUACAACACUGCACCUCUGGUGGGUGUCUUUGCCAAGUUGUAUAAUUAUGGAACUCCUAGACAGCUCCCUGCACAAGACCAACAAACCUCCUCUUACUACUAGGUAGUAGAAAUACUUACUACAGAUACAAGAAUUUUUCUUUCAUCUUUAUGGCCUGUUGUUUAUAUAGUGAAGAAGAAAUUACAGUACUUUUGCUUCUUGUAUAGUAGUAUGCAUAAAAGGAAAAGAAAGAGCAUACUAUGAAUCUUUUUUGGUGUGCCUAGCAAACUAUGUAAAAAAAAAAAAAAAAGACAGAAGGAAAGAAAAUUUCUUGCUUUCUUCUCUCA